CCUUGGAGCAGCAACAGCAUUUUCUUCUGCUCGUGGGGCCCUUCCACCAGCUGGAUGCUUCAUGGCUUCUCCCAGGUUAGAAACCUACUGCUGCCCAAACCGGGAUGCAGCUACACAGCUAGUGAUGAACUUCCAGCCUGAAGUCUUCUGCGGAGUGUGCAUUGGCAGUGCUUCCGUCAGCCUGCUGCUGACCAUCCUCCAGCUCCUGCCCAAGAAGGGACAGAGUCCACGGAAGAUGCCCAAAGCCUCCUCCUCUUCCACCAUCCUCCUCCUUAUCUCCAUUUGUGACAUCCUUGGUGGCUUAGGUAUAAUCUUCAGGUCAAGUGUAUGGCUAGGCUUCCCAGGCUUCAUAGCUAACAUUUCUGUGGUGAAUGGGACUGAUGUGUGGCCGUCUGCUUUCUGUGUGGGGAGUGCGAUGUGGAUCCAGCUAUUAUACAGUGCUGGCUUCUGGUGGUUGUUUUGCUAUGCUGUAGAUUCUUACUUGGUGGUAAGAAGAUCGGCGGGACUGAGUACAAUUGUGCUGUACCACAUGAUGACGUGGGGCCUUGCAGUGAUGCUCUGUGUGGAGGGAAUCGCACUGCUUUACUACCCUUCUCUCUCCAGCUGUGAAAAUGGCUUGGAGCAUGCAAUCCCACAUUACGUCACAACCUAUGCUCCGCUCCUGCUAGUGCUGGUGGUCAACCCAAUCCUGUUUAGGAGGACAGUAUCAGCAGUUGCCUCGUUACUGAAAGGGAGACAAGGGAUUUACACAGAGAAUGAAAGACGUCUAGGAACGGAGAUCCAGAUGCGGUUCUUCAAAAUUAUGCUGGUAUUCAUUAUUUGCUGGUCAUCCAAUAUCAUCAAUGAGAGCCUUUUGUUCUAUCUCGAAAUGCAGCCAGAUAUCAAUGAAAUGCCCUUGAAAAACAUCAGGAGUGCUGCACUGAUCACAUGGAUUAUAAUGGGAGUUCUUAAUCCAAUGCAAGGCUUCCUCUUCACGUUAGCUUUCUAUGGCUGGACUGGAUGUAGCGUGGACCUCAAACGGCGAAAAAGAGAAAUACCCUGGGAAUCAAUGUCCUCAUCAACUACAGGUGACAAUGCCUAUCCCUCACCAGUGAACUACCAAAGCAGCAUCCAUGAUUCAAAGAAGAUAUCGACCACUGACAGCCAGCAGACCGAUGAGGCUAUAAGCAUGUUGUCUGAAGGUAACACUAGUGGGGAUGACAUUAUAACCAGGAGCUCUCCUAUCUACCAGGGCUGGUAGUUUAUAGGUAUAGAACUGGAUCCCAUUUCUGGUUUUGUCAAGACUCAUAAAACCACUUCACCAUGUGAACAGUUGUGUACUCUGGAAUUAGGUUUGUGCCCAAUGGCUUGAUAUCAUUUCCUGUCACUUGUGUGCAUGUGUGUGAGAGGGAGUAUGUGAGACGGAGACAUACUAUGGUUUGUGUCUUCCUUUCGCUUAUAGAACAUGUGUUGACAGGUAUCAAGGUCUGAUGCUUUUUUCACCAGGAGUGUAUCUCUGCAAAGAUCUGUUUUACUUAU